AUGGCCACUGGACCCCCUUCUGCUACUGGCCCUCUCCCAGGACCACCAGGCCACUUUCCGCCAGUCCAGCAAGUCCCAGGACCACAGCAACAGAACGUUGCGGUGCCCGCUAUUGCGGCGCCCCUGUUGCCCCCACCGCAAGUUUCCGCCGUCGCUAUCAAGCUGCCGACGUUUUGGGCCGCCGAUCCCGUCGUAUGGUUCGGGCAAGCUGAGGCCCAAUUCGCCCUUCGUCUCAUCAGUGACCAACUGACGAAGUUCUACCACGUCGUUGCCGCACUUUCCCCUACUGAUGCUUCCGAGGUGCGCGACUUGGUUGCCUCCCCACCGACACAAUCACCAUAUGACGUGCUCAAGACUGAAUUAAUUCGCCGGACGUCUAUGUCGGAGCAAAAGCGAUUCCAGCGCCUGCUGACCCAAGAAGAACUCGGAGAUCGCGCGCCUUCUCAGCUCUUACGGCGUAUGCGCCAACUGCUCGGCGACCGUCCCGACAGCGCCGUAAUCGACGAUUCCCUGCUCCGCCAACUCUUCCUCCAGCGGUUGCCGGCCAAUGUCUGCAUGGUUUUAGCCGCUGCUGGCACCAUGAGCCUGAACGACCUGGCCAACCUUGCCGACAAGAUCAUGGAAAUGGCACCACCGCAGAUCGCAGCUGUGGCCUCGCACCCCCCUUCUCCGCCUACGGCUACUGGUUCCAGCUCGCCGCAAGCAGUGGACCUUUCUCAGCUCGUGGAACAGAUCUCCAACCUGCAGCUGGAGGUUGCAGCCCUCCGCCACUGCAGUCCUUCUCCGUCUUCACGCCGAUCCCGCUUCGCGCAUCGACGUUCCCCAUCUCCAGCUGGAAUUUGCUGGUAUCAUCGCCGUUUCCGCACCAAGGCAUGCUUCAGCUUGGAAUCGUCCGGCCUUCUUCCAGCAGUUGGUCAUCAGCCUUGCACAUGGUACCGAAGAAGACCGGAGAUUGGAGGCCGUGCGGCGACUACAGAGCCCUUAAUAAGGUUACUGUGCCAGAUCGCUAUCCCAUCCCGCAUGUUCACGAUUUCGCCUCCAAUCUCCACGGCAUGA